AUGGAAGAAGAGAUAACAAGUGUGAUUUUAAGUGGUGAAGCGAAUACACAUUCGGAUGUUUCAGAUUCUACUAGCACCACUCAUCAAGCAAACAAACGCCAAAGGUGUGGAGGUAAAGGUAAUUCGUCGCAAUACAAAGGCGUAAUGCGACAGAAAAAUGGACAAUGGGGUGCUCAAUUAUACGCUAAUCAUACCCGAAUUUGGCUAGGGACUUUCAAAUCCGAAAUAGAUGCGGCCAUGGCCUACGAUAGCGCAGCGAUCAAGUUUCGUACCGAAGACACUCAUCGGAACUUUCCGUGGAACGAAAUCACGAUUGAGGAACCCAAGUUUCUGAGCCAUUACAGCGUAGAAAUUGUGCUUAGCAUGAUAAGAGACGGUUCUUACCAAUACAAGUUCAUGGAUUUUAUUAAGGCUCACUCUAGAAAUACGAAACUCAACUUAGUGGGGACUUAUAGCAAUGAAGGGCUAAUUUGCAAACAAUUGUUCCAGAAGGAGCUAACACCAAGUGAUGUUGGUAAGCUGAAUAGGCUUGUCAUCCCUAAAAAAUAUGCCGUCAAAUAUUUUUCGCCAGUUUUUGGGACCGAAAAUGAGAAUGCCGAUGUUGGUGAUCGCAAAACGAACGAUGUCGAGUUGGUUUUCUACGACAAGUUUAUGAGAAUAUGGAAGGUCCGUUAUUGCUAUUGGAAUAGCAGCCAAAGCUUUGUUUUCACAAGGGGUUGGAACCGGUUUCUGAAGGAAAAAGAGUUGAAAGCCAAAGAUGUGGUUUCGUUCUUCGUAUGCGAAUGCCGGAAGGAGAAUGACGUGCAAAGGUUCUGCAUGAUCGAUGCCAACAAAUCCGGGAACGGUGGCACGUUCGUGGCGGAAAACAACGUUCAUGUUGGAAUAGAAGUUGAUUUGCAACUAAGGUUGGGACAUAGUUACCUUGUCCAAGAAGAGCAAAGAUCAAUGGCGGCAGCGAAGCCGAAACAAGAUGACAAGACUGAGGGUUUCAAACUCUUUGGUAUGCAAAUUACUUGA